AUGGCGUGCAGCCGGGUGCAGGAGGAGAGGGAGGUCCAGGAGGAGCCGAGGAGCGCAGCGACCGCAAACCUCCACUUCAGUCAGCACAAAUACUCCCUGCUCAUUAUCGUCGGACGCACCGCUCACCUCGCACAGUCUAGACUCAUCUGCGGGGAGAUUGAACGAGGUAUUCGGUCAUGGGACAUCGACUUAAAAUCAUGUAACCUAAACCUCUAUCUCCAAGAAUUCCUGUCCCAUCACACGGUGUCCUUCAAGGGUGCAGGGCAGAAGUGUCUGCGCCAAAGCGGCCGAGUGUUGGACACUCAGGUGCUGAUCAGUCCAUCUCAGGAACAGGUUCAUUCAGAGGUGUUUGGUCUGUUGUCCCGGGAAUCGGCUCAUAAGCUGUUGAUCUUGGCUGGUCAGAGUGUGGAGCAGAGCGGCGACCUGUUGUUUCACAAAGGACUGUUUUCACCACACCAACUGAAACAAAUAAUAACAGAGCAGUUCCUACUUCAAGAGAGCUCUGCAUCCCCCUCCAAGCUCAGCCUGACCCUCAGCUGUCCCAACAUUGGCGAGUGGAGAGAGACUCUGUUGGGGGACCAGCCACUGCAGGGCCCUUUCACACUGAACAUUAAUCCCCCAGAGGUUCUGCCUGCCAUGGAGGCUCUGGGGGAAUUCACCUCCCUCAUCUCUGGUACCCUCUGCCCUCCAUCCACCUUUGACCUCCUGCCUCCUCCUAUCACCGUGGGUUUCCUGAAGCUCUCCCGUCCCUGCUGCUACGUGUUCCCCGCGGGCCGCGGUGACUGUGCUUUUUUUGCCGUCAACGGCUUCACGGUGCUGGUGGACGGCGGCUCAGACUCUCAGGCCUGUUUCUGGAAGCUGGUUCGACACCUUGACCGUGUGGAUGCAGUCCUGGUGACGCACAUCGGGACGGAGAACCUGCCUGGGAUCAACACCUUCCUGGAGAGGAAGGUGGCAGAGCUAGAGCUGAGUUCUGAUGUCAAAGAUGACUUGUCGAAGAGGCUGAUUUCCCCAGAGCUUGGAGUUGUGUUCUUCAAUGCCCCCAGCAGGUUGCAGGUGGAACAACAGCCCUGUGUGGACAAUGUACUGAAGAGCACACAGCAGGCGGCGCUGACCCUACAGUUGCUUAAGAAGUUAGAUAUCAGACCACAACCAAUGUUUCGACCACAAGGUGUCCCCAUUGAGCCAGUAACCCUAUUCCAGAAGAUGGGAGUGGGACAGCUGGAUUUAUACAUCCUUAGUCCUGGCAAAAACAGCCAGGAGUAUCAGACACUCAUGCAGAACUGGCCUGAUGAAGUGUCAUCAGAAUCCAAAUCCCAAGCUCUACCGCUCACUGCCCUGGCCUCAGUGUCUGCUCUGCUUGUGUGGCAUCCAGCGUGCCCUCAAGAGAAGGUGGUCAGGGUACUGUUCCCUGGUGUUACUCCACAGGCGAAGCUUCUGCAGGGGCUAGAGAAGCUGAAGGGCCUGGCUUUCCUCCAAAAACCCACAGUGACUACUGGUGACCUGGAAAAACUGGUUGAGGAUAGAAAGGCCAAGAGGACUGAGAGCCAGGAUAGUGACAAGUCACAAGGGAAGGAGACAACACCUAAGUAUGGGAAAGAAAGAGUGAUCAGAGAAGAGAUAAAGGAAGUAUCGGUGAAAGAAAAGGGGAAAGGAUUAAAUGGUGUUGGUGGAGACAAAGCCAAAGUCAAAGAGGUGGGUAUAAAGCAAAAAGCAGCAUUGCCAGAGAAGAAAACCUCAAAGAAAGGAGCAGGGAAGGAUGGGAAAAGAGAUGAGAAGACUGGCAGUAAAGAGGAGAAUGGUAUUAGGAAGAACGAUCAGGUAAAAAUGGACGGGAUCUCUUCCAAACCAAAGAAUGAACAUAAAACUAAGCUCAUAAAGGAAGCAAAGAACGACUCCAAAACGGGAGCAAAGAAAGCAAAUAAAACACCAAGAAAAGAGGGGAAAGAUGGCAAGAAGGCUAAUGAAAACACUGAAUUACCAAAUAACAACUUAUCAAAACCUGAUACUGGGAAUGUGGCAGAACUCUUAGCACUAGAGGGUCCUGCUUCUGAGCAGCAGAGUCAAAAACCAGAGACAGAACCUGAAGAAAAACCCUGUGUCUCCAAAACAACCACACCUGAGGAUAUGACAGCUGAUUUUCUCAGGCUGCGGGAGGAAACAUUAGAUGAAGCAAAGAAUGAAUGCAGCGAGUCAGGAAAUGAAAAGAACCUUGGAGAUCUGAGCAGAGAGACGAGUAAUGAAGCUGUUGAUACCCCGGGGAAAGCAGGUGCCACGGGGCUAGUAAGAGGAGGCAGUGGUGACAAUGACCUGCAAGAUAAUGCUGUUAGUAGAGAUAACGCUGGUGGAACCAUGCAGAGAGGGUGUGUAGACCAGACAGGAAAUGCUACCAAACCAGCAAAAGUUGUGGGAUUUCCAAUUCCCUUGAACAAGACACCAAAGAACGAUCAGACAGUCCAGCUAGACAUAACCCCGACUGAGUACACUCUCCUAGAUGGGGCUUUGAGACACAGCCCUCCCUCCAGAUCUUCUCCAGAGAACCAUGUCCCAGUCAGCCCAGAUGAGGAGACUGUAGAACCAGCCUCCCCGGACUCACGGCCCAACAGUGCAGGCCACACUCCCUACUGUCUUUCCCCAGAUGAUGUGUGGUGCAACAAGGCAACUCUUAGUAGAAUACAGGCCCAGAUGAGUAAAUCAGAGUCAACUGAUGUCAACCAGACAAAUCGAUCAUCCAACCAAAGUGAGUUGCAGCCAUGCCAGUCCAAAAACAACACAGAGAGCCAUACCAAUCCCAAGGAGAAACAACUAAGCUUCCUGUCUUUGGGUACUUUUAAAGAGGUGUCAUCAGACCCAUCUCCCUCUCUGGCCACCACCACCACCACCACACACUCCAUGCCAGCAGAGGUGAGCUCGCCUCAGUCCACAGAAGUAGAUGAAUCACUGUCCAUGUCCUUUGAGCAGGGACUGUCCAAUGCAAGCCAGAGAGAAGGGGAUGACAGCAUUCUUCUGUCCCACUCCAACGGAGGCCAUUUUGUGGGGAUGUCUUUAGCAAUGAAGAAGCCUCCUCGAUCUUUAGGUCAAGGUUCAGAGUUGGGGCGACCUCCAGCUCCUAACAGUCUACAUUUUGAGGCGUCGCCUCAUGAUGUGGAUCUUUGCCUGGUUUCUCCUUGUGAGUUCAAGCAUUUCAAACCUUCUGACUCCAGUGAACCAGGCAGAGGAGCCUUUGCGCCACAUCAUCAUGGCAACAACAACCCAAAAGACACUUCACCUAGUGAAUCCAACGCCCCUGUUUGUACAGAAGACUGCCCAUCAACCACAGCGGAUGGAGCUCUGGACUCUGACGAGGAGGAAUCGUGUAGUGAGCCAACUAACUCUCCACAUGACCUCUGCCCCAGUCAGGCUCUGCCUUCAGACCCUCUUCCUGUCCCGCUCAGGGACAGUCCGCCUCUGCCUCCACUUCCUGACACCUCCAUGCCUGUUCCUCAGUCUGACUCUGAAGUUCAUGGGAAGAGACCUAAAACCAGCAGCAUGCGUGGGAAAAAAACACCCGCAGUUGUUGAGGUCGCUCACAAAUUAGCCUCAGGGAAAAACAGGACAGGAAGUCAAGGCGGAGUCUCAAAGGGGAAUUUCUCUUCCUCUCGUACGCCGUCCAGCACGUCCAGCACCCGCGCAGCACCAGCAAAAUCUUCACCUAACACAGGCUCUAAGAUCACAUCAGCCGGUGACGUCAGCGUGUAUGUUGACCUGGCUUAUAUUCCCUCUGGAGCGUCUUCUUCGACAGUCAGUGUGGACUUCUUCAGGUGCGUUCGCUCCUCCUGCUACAUCAUCAGCGGCAACAGCCCGGAGAGGGAGGACAUUAUGAAGCAAACGCUGGACGCUCUACUGGAGGGGAAGAUACUGUGGCCUGACACUAUGCAGGUUACACUGAUUCCCACCUUUGAGUCUGCGCCGAUGCAGGAGUGGUACCAGCAGACUCUGGACAGACAGCGGGAGCUGGGAAUCACUGUCCUGGGAUCCAACAGCACCGUCGCUAUGCAGGACGAGACCUUCCCUGCCUGCAAGAUAGAGUUCUGAGGGUGAAUAUGUGCAAACGGGUAGAAAUAUAUGAGAGAAAAGGACAGAAUGUAGAGUUGAAAGACUUAAAAAUAUAGGGGAAUAACUGCGAAAGGCCCCUUACUGCACGAAACUGCCUGAAUGAGUAAUUAAACGGGACUUUCAGCCACACCCCCUCCUGGUUUUUACUCCUUUGUGGGCUUCUUUUGCAUCCAUAAGCCCCCGCGUUCCCCUUUACCCACAGAGAACAUGCAUCCCUGUUGAAAGAACUGCAUGUUUAUUUUUGACUAAUGAACCUGGGCCAAACAGGAUAGGAGGUCACACUGGCUGUGAGAGUCAGGCUGCAAACAUGUACAGUAGAUUCAUAUAAAAUCUGAUGUUGUAGAUUUGUCAAAAAAAAAACAACAACAAAGUAGCUCAUGUGAAGUUAGAGAUUUUCCUGAAGGUGUGACAGCAGCUUCAUGCUUUGAUUCUGGGCCCAUUUACUCUUCAACCUGUGAGGAAAUCAAGGAUUAUUACGCAAAUUCAUCAAACGACUUACAAAAAAGCUCACCAUGUUUAUGGUGAGGUGAUGGUGCGUGAACACUGUGUGAAGUCGAGCUGCGCUGUGUGUGUUGUACCUGCUUUAAAAGCCCAUCAUUGCUAUGUGAUAAUCUGAGAUUGCCGAAUGUGAGCAUGCAAAGACAAAUCUGUCAAGAGGGAUUGUAGUUCAUAUACCAGAUUAAACUCAGCAGCAUUAGAGCAAACCGUGUCAUGUAGAAUGGUACUGCACUUGUAAUCCAUUAAAAAUGCUUAUAUUCGCGCUAAUGAGGAGUCAGACUAACAAACGCUUUUGGUCAUGUCGUGUGUUGAUGUGUCACCACAGGCAACUAUUACAACUAUUGACUUAUAGUGUGUGUAUGUGUCGCUUGUGAAUAUGAUGGAUAUGAUUGUAAAGAAUAAUUGUACACAGGUCAUUUGCACAGGUGUGUUCAUGGCGAUCUGUAACGAGAGCAUGUAUUCUGUAAAUAAGAAUGAAUAAAAAGCAAACGUCAUCUAUAAUCGGUAGUUAGCUGUUGGUUAUCUAGUUAAAGCCUAACUAGCUUACUGCUGAAGACUAAGAACCUUCACAGACAUGAGAAUUUGGUGCGACAUUGGUAAAAUAAAAAAGGAAUCCAUAAAAGAAGUAGAUAAAGAUGCUGUCCAACAGAUGCAUUUCCAGUUGAUUACUAGCAUAACUUAUAAACAUAUGCAUAAAUGUUACAUUUAUGUAGAGUAAAGCAAUAUGAAAUUAAAUCACAUUUUCUUGGGUUUGAUUUGGUCGCUUCAAAAGAAAGUCAUUUCACUGGAAAUAAAUAACCGCUUGAACGCUCACCGCAACUAAUCAGAAAUAGUCCUUAUAACUUUUAUAGACCAGUCUGUCCAGUGUUUCCCUUUUGUUGUGGGAUGUUGUAUGAUGGGAUGAGACGAGAAUGUGGCAAACAGAGUUUCCUGAGAACCAAAGCAUGAGAUGAGAAAAACAAAAACCCUAAACACACACACACACACACACACACACAAAAUGUCAUUUUCAUUCAAUAUCUUAAAAUUGCUUGAAGGAUAUUUUGUACUUAAAUGAAUGCACUAUUUAACUUUUUAACACGAAUGCAAUUAAUUAAAUUUUUUGUGCAAUCAAGUUCCGGUAUAAACACUUUAUGUCGUGGUUAUUUCACAUAUUUGGACACCUUUCUGUCACUUUAAACGAUUUACGACAUCAGUUUCGGCUGAGAACAACUUGAGUGCAACCUUACAAGUGCAUUGUGACUGUGUGUCCCACGUGUGCAAAUGAGUGUCAUUUCAUUCAUGAUAUUCAUGAAGACAGAGAGUAUUGUGGCCGAGGCAAAGGAGGUUGUUGAAUGAAAUGACGUCACUGCUGCGACGAAACACUGAGAAGCUUUCACUUCAACUCGCUUUGCCACGAUUGUCUCUUGAUCUCGUACCAUGUCAGGAUGUGUGGGCUUGUGAGUUCCGGGAGUCGUGUAUAUGAAUAAAGAAUGUGCAUCUUUCAACAAAAUUCACUCACGCUAAUGCAAAUUGUACAGCAACGCAGCCUCGUGGGUAGUGAAUAAAAUCAUUGAUGUGCUGCAGCUCAAAA